CAAGAUAUGUAGGUACUCGUUCGUUUCCUUUUUCCAAUUCCGAAAAACAUAUUCCCACAUGAGUACGCCUAUUCGUGGUAUCUAUCAUCGGUGAGCUCGCCUACAGGCAAUGAUGCUGUCAACAUUUGACGUCACCAGCCUCGCGGCAGCGUCAAGGCUGUUUUUGGACUUUUGUCACGACUUUCCGCUCCUGGUUGCCGGUGGAAUCUGCGGCGCCGGGCUCGCGUUCUACGUGACAUACCAGCUCUUUUUCCAUCCCCUCAGUCAGUACCCCGGGCCAUUGCUCGGGCGACUGACCCAGUGGUACGACGUAUAUCAUGCCUACAUCGGAGACAAGCACAUCCUCUUCCAGCGCUUACAUCAGGAGUACGGCACUGUAGUCCGCUUCUCUCCCGGCUCUUUAUCGAUCAACGACCCAGACGCGCUGAAGAUCAUCUACUCUCAUGGUGCCAAUGUCCAAAAAUCGGUGUUCUACAAAUGUUUUCGUGCGGCGCCUACUGCUAUCAGCACCCUGCUCGCGACGGAAAAGCACCAACAUGCGCGCAAGCGUCGCGUCAUGGGCCAGGCCUUCUCCGAUCAGGCAAUUCGUGGUUUUGAGCAAUACGUCCUGAGCCAUGUUGAAGAUCUUGUGGAACGCAUCGGCGCCACUUUGGACCAGAGUAAGAAAACCGAGAACCCGUGGAGUACGCCUUUAGACAUGGCUGCGUGGUGCAAUUGGCUUGUGUUUGACAUCAUGGGCGACUUGGUCUUCGGUCGAUCGUUCGGGACUCUCGGAGAUCGGCCUGAAAAUCGCAACGGCAUCUAUCUUCUCGGUCGUGCAGCCCGGCGAAACUACGUGGUGGCGGCUAUGCCCAUGCUGCUAUAUACCGGUGCCGAAAAGAUCCUGCCAAUCUUAAGAGGCUUGUACGCCGAUCGAUCGAAGUAUCUCGCGUUCGGAAAGCGCCAGGUCAUGGAGCGCACGAAAGACAGCAAAGCAUCAGGAUCCCCGCGCUUGGAAAGUGGUCGCCGCGAUAUCUUCUCCUUCUUACUAAACGCCAAGGACCCUGAAUCUGGACAAGGUUUCCAUCAGAAUGAAUUGUGGAUGGAAGGCAACACGCUGAUUGUUGCAGGAAGCGAUACCACGUCGACCACACUGGCUGCUGCGCUACAUUACUUACUUCAUAAUGAUCACUGCCUUGAGCGCCUCCAGUCUGAAUUGCGUAAAACAUUUCAUUCCGCCAGUGAGAUCCAGAUGGGCGCUCAGCUGAGAAGCUGUUCAUAUCUCCGCGCGUGUAUCGACGAAACGAUGCGAAUGAGCCCGGCCGUCGGCGGACUUCUGCCUCGAGAGGUUCUCAAGGGAGGACUCGCCAUUCCAUCACUCGGACUGAAGAUCCCAGCCGGUGUAGAUGUCGGCGUUCCAAUCUAUGCCAUCCACCACCACGCGGACUACAUCGUUGAACCAUUCAAGUUCGAUCCUGAGCGCUGGCUGACCGGAGAAACAGAAGCGGAAGCAUCCAGACAUCCACAGGAUCGAGAUGCCCUCAACGCCGUGUUCAACCCAUUCAGCAUCGGCCACAGGGCAUGUCUUGGCAAGCCCUUGGUGUACAUGGAGCUCUCCAUCGCAUUGGCCCGAAUUCUAUGGGAAUUCGACAUGCGACUGGCAGCCGAUCAGCAUGUUAGCCCAUUUGUUGGUCGUGAUCUUAGUCAGGGACUGCGACAACCUGGUGAGUAUCAACUCUUGGAUUGGUUCAUGAGCCGCAACGAGGGCCCUUGGGCUGAGAUCCGUCGACGUGACGGAGCACGAUGAUGGUCAGCUCUGGGACAACUAGAGCGAGGAAGGGAGAUCGAGCUAUGUUUAUGCAUGACGAUGAUGGAGGAACGGCCGGGCUCAACUUGAAAAUAGAGAUGAAGGAUUAUCGAAAAGGCUGGCAGAGAUCGAUGUGAAUAGGUCGUCAUUAUACCCCCGUAGUGUAGAAGAGAGACGAAGCCUGUCCGUCUUCCUAUUGGAAAUCCAUAUGUUCUGUACCCGUGUCCCACC